CCUCUCUGUGGUCUGCUAUUCUGUACUGUCAAUUUUAAAGGUUAGGUUUUCUAACUGUAACACAAAAAUGAUUUCUUGCUUAAAUUCGAUUAAAAAUGGUUUUCUCAAUAAAGCACACGUCUUAACAAACACAACAAGACUUGCAAGUAAAAAGGCUGGCGGAAGCACUAAAAACACCAGUACCAAAGUAAGACCAAAACACAGGGGAUGGAAAGUUCAAGACGGUCACCACGUGGAGGCAGGAUAUAUACUCGUCCUUCAACGUAAUUUGCGGUUUCAUCCAGGCUUAAAUGUUGGACUAGGGCGAAACGGAACCUUAUUUGCCAUAGUCCCUGGUAAAGUAUCCGUUACCUGUGAAAAAGUGGAUCCUAACUGGGAUCACACUUGGAUUCAAAGAUGUCACGGUCACAGGAAAGGCACGGAAUUCUAUAAAAAGUAUUUUAACGUUAUUCCGCAAUCCCAGCACCAAAAAUUCAAUUUAAUAGAUCAAAUUUAAAUAUCCGAACUGUAGUUUAUUAUUAAGUAAAUUAUUUUUUAAUGUCA